UUUCUCAAAGGGAGGCGGAAGCGCAGUUGAAAGGGUGGAGUUUCCGGCACUGCGCAAAACCCUAGUUUGGGGUGUUCCUCUGAAAACAGAAUGGCAGAAGCGGGACAAGACGAAGAAGAACAUACAUUCCCCCUAAAAAGAAAGCCCCAAGCAGAAGAAGCCAUUGCCAAAUCUCACGAAGACGAUGUAAACAAGAAGCAAAAACUCUCUAUUACUGAUUCUUCACUCGCCCAGGAGAAAAAAGUUGAAGAGGACGAAGAAGAAGAUGAUGAAGAUGACUAUGAAGGUGAUGAUGAAGAAGAUGAGCAGUCCAAUGGAGAGGCGGAAGUCGAUCGUAAGGGAAAAGGGAUUUUAAGGGAUGACAAGGGGAAGGGAAAGUUGAUUGAGGACUCUGACGAUGAUGAUUCUAGUGAUUUUGGGAGCGAUUCUGAUGUUGAUACUGAUACUGACCUCUCCGACGAUCUACUGGCCGAAGUCGAUUUGGGUAACAUUAUUCCCUCCAGGACUCGACGGCGUACCCAUCAAUCUGGCCUUAAGAUAUCUGAUGAUCCCGUUAAAGGAUGUUACCACUCUUUCUUAUGCUUUUGUACAUGCGGAAGAACAGGUCAUUGUUUGGUAAUCAGGCUGUUUCUGUGUUGUAAGAACUAGUCCUUUGGAGGAAUGCCAUUCUUGAUGUUUAACAAGUUUGUGUACCAAUCCUUAACUGCUGAUUUUGUCAUCUCAUUUCCAUUUGCAUGAAACAUUACGAUGUUCAUAUUGUCUUUUUAACCACUUAUUUUGGUCGUUCAAGAGAUGCCA